UAUAUCAAUACCAGUCGAUCUCCCCCCCUCUCUCCCCGAGCUUAUUGAUAUCUACAAUUCCAAAAAAAAACCGCCCCUUCGAAGCCAACCGAAAACGAUCCCGCCACCACCACCCUAAGAAAUGUCCUACCCUCCGCAACAACAGCAGUACGGCUACGGCGCCCCGCCGCCCCCACAGCAGGCCUAUAUGCAGCAGCCAAUGUAUUAUCCGCCGCAGGGACAGCAGCAGUAUGCGGCACCCAUGCAGCAGGCGCCGCCACAGAAGGAGCGCGGGUUCAUUGCGGGAAUUUUGGCGGCGAUUUGUUGUUGCUGCGCUUGUGAUACUUGUAUCGAUUGUUGCGAGUGUUGUUGCUAGUAACGAUAACGAGAAGGAGAACGGGGAGGAGGAGGAGGAGGAUGAAUUGCUGGCUCAGAUGUCCGGACUGCUUGUACCAACCAUUGGCGUUAUUUGCUAUUAUCGAAUUAAUAUUUUAUGACAAC